CAAAACAGUAAACCACCCCUUUAAACAGCUUAGUGCUAUUGGCUCGGUUGAUGCUGUCUCUCAGUGUUUAGUAUGCUUGUACAGCAGUCAAAAAUGGCAGUACGUUUGUUCGAGGAUAAGGAACAUGCAGACACAUACUGGAAGUACCGAAUUUCUCCUUCUGAAGAGCUCAUCGACAAGGUUCUACAGUUCCACAGGAGUAAUACCAAUUCAGCCAAUGACCUGGCAGUAGAUGUUGGCUGUGGGUCAGGACAGGGAACACUGCUCUUGGCACCACAUUAUACUUGUGUGAUAGGGACAGACAUCAGUCCUGCUCAACUGGAGAUGGGGAGGAAACAUGUUAAUAUGCCAAAUGUCUCUUACAGGGAGAGUCCAGCUGAAGAACUGCCUUUUGAAGAUGGCUCUGUAGAUCUUGUGACGGCCAUGUCUGCGUUCCAUUGGUUUGACCAUUCGCGUUUUCUUCAGGAGGCUCACAGAGUGCUUAAGCCUCAUGGCUGCCUCGCAGUUCUCAACUACAUCAUGGACAUGGAGCUGAACUACGGAGACUGCUCAGAGACUUUAAACCACAUCUGUUAUGAGUUUUAUGCAGGCUUGCAGCCUUUCCGGAACCCUUACCUAAGAUCCAGCUCUUUCGAACUGUACAAAAAAACAUAUGACUCUCUCCAGUAUCCAGUCAAAGAAUGGCAGGACAUUUUUUGGGUGAGAAAGCCUGUCCCGCUCUCUGGCUACAUCGGCAUGGUGGAAUCUUUCUCCAGUUUCCAGGCUCUCUUAAAAAAGGAUCAAGAAGAGGCCAGACGACUCUCACAGGACACUGAACACAGACUGCUGCAUGCAAUGGGUGUGACAUCCUCGGAGACAGAAGUUAUCAUGGGAGUUAAAUACUUCUAUUUUCUAGCCCGCAAGCCUGCAAAUGACUGAUUUCUUUCUUUAAAUUGUAAUUUUAGAUCUUGUUAUUAGUUUAUAUUUCGAUAUAAUUAUCUGGGUUACUAAUUUCCAUAACCAUCAAGUUCAUAACCAUCAAAUAAAAAGUUAUAAAAUAUAUUUCUUUUUCUUACACAUUCAAUAAUUAAAAAAAAAAGUUAAUAAAAAAAGUUAAAAAGUAGUCUUUACACAUUUAAUUUUAGAAUUAAUUUUUUUAUUAUUAUUAUUGAAUUAAGUUAAUUUAAUAAAAAAUCCAAAUCUUUAUAGAAGAUGUGAAUUCAGGUCAUUGUCUCUGUGUAUAAACUGUAGCCUAUGUUCAAUGUGUGUUUGAAUAAAUUAACAGAUUCAAAUAAAA